AGCACGGUUUAAGCGACGUGGUAGUAAAGACAACACACAGCACGAGAGGAGUACGGGUUCAGGAGCUGAGAACAGACGGUGGCAACACCACCUACGAGCUGGCCUUCGAAUUUUCGGAAAAAAAAUUAAUCACAAGACGGGACCUCAGUAUGAGUUUUUAUUAAGGAACUCCAUCCAAGAAAAUAAAACCCCUUAAAUUACCACAAAUACUGAGAAAUUAUGAUGCAGAGUUUAUUCAAGCUGGAAGAAACGUCUUUACAGCCGGCUCUGACCUAAGAAUGUCACUCCUGUGUCAGGUACAACUCAAGACAUAGCAUGUCAUUACUGAUGGACAAGUCCUUGAACUACAGUGGAUAUGGGACACUUAACAUCAAACCUCAUUGAAAGGAAAUUUUCUGAUUUACUGACUAUUUGAAUUUUCACCUUCUGCUGGUGUUGAAACCAAAAUAACAGGAGAAUGAAAAGUUCAUAUUUUUAAUAUCAAACUAAUUGUGCAGCCUGAAGAAAUCUGAGGCUGUCCUGCUAUAUAUAAGAACUUUGCCUAGACAAGUGCUUCUGUGAAUCUUUGCUCUUGCUUACAACGUCCAUCAGCCAGUCCCUUGGUGGACUCUUAGGAACUGCAGCAUCCCUGUCUUUAGUCAUCAAGGUAAAAUGGAUAAAUCGGAAAUUUUAAAUCUAUCAUUUCUUAAUGAACCAGAGAAGCAGUUGAUUUUGGAUGUUCUGCAGAAAAAUGACAAGAUAAGAAAACAUGAGGAGAAAAGGAUUAGGAGGCUUAAAAAUGAGUUGCUUGAAAUCCGCAGGAAAGGAUUAAGUCGGAGGCAGCAGAUAACAAGUAAUAAAGUCUGUGUCCGCUGUCAGAAGAGACUGGGACUUAUCUUUGACCGAGGAGAUCUAUGUGAAUACUGCCAUUUUCGGGUGUGCAAUGCCUGCCGAGUGGUGAUCUCUGAAAAGAAGUGGAAGUGCAUGAUCUGCGCUAAAGUCUCUGAACUUAAAGUGGCAAGUGGAGAGUGGUUUUAUGAAGUGCGAUCCAGAAGAUACACUCUGGCGAAUGUUUUUGGCUGUGAUGUGGUAAAGCAGUCGAUCAUGAGAACCCCAGCUGAUAGCGGCCCAGCUGAACAGAAUCCGCUGAAACCAGCAGAAGCUCAGCAAGCACAAAAUACUUCUGCACCAGGCACACCCAAAUCAACACGAAGUGCUAUCAGAAGUGUUCUGGAUGUUCCAAGAAAAAAAGGGAAAGUCAAAUCAACAAACAAGAAUGAAAAUGCUUUGGAAAAGCCUGAUGACACCAGGAGCAUUGGGGCAGCCUCAGAUCUGGAUACUCAAAGUGUGCGCAGCGGCCAGUCAGCCAGUCGCUCCACCAGAGGUAGCAUUUUUGCAGUAGACCCUUCUGGGGUGCAAGGAGUCCCCAAUAACAUGAGACCAACACCAUCUCCAGGAAGAUCAGCAACACCAAGCAUACGCAGCUCUGCUUCUGGUACCAGCAGAAGGGCUGAUGGAGCAGAGAGUGGGAUCAACUUUCCUGCAAAUGAAAGUAAUUUUGGGAAAAUGUCCAAUAAACCGUACAGGCAUCCAGCUGGGCCUCCUUCAAUUGCUGUUUCGAGAACUUCGCUUUCAUCUGACCGCAGUAAGUCUGAAAUAGACCUCACUGGACCACAUGGAGAAAAUGACGACACACUGAGUGUUAGGAGUAGAUCAGUCCCCGGAGAUCUAAAUGAACCUUUGGAGGACUUGGAAGAAGUAGAAAGAGAGGAUGACAUCGAGGAAAUGGCUGGACGCCGCUCAGUUACUCACAGAAGCAGUCUGUCAAGUGGACUGUCAAUGACUGCUCAGUUUGGCUCCGAAAGAAAAUGGAGUUACCUAAAUGUUCCUGACUUUGACGCAGAAACUACCAGUCUAAACAGCAUGAUGAGUGUUUACAGCGAGACUGGAGACUACGGUAAUGUGAACGUCAGUGGAGAGAUUCUUCUCAACAUCUCAUACAGCUACAAAACUGGAGCACUAAAUGUUCUUGUGAAGCAGUGCCGUAACCUGGCCAUUGCAGAUGAGAAAAAGCAAAGAACUGACCCAUAUGUGAAGGCUUACCUGCUGCCUGACAAAUCCCGCCAGAGCAAGAGAAAGACGAAGAUUAAAGUAAACACCACUGAUCCGGUCUACAAUGAAACAUUAAAGUAUGUUAUCAGCCACUCGCAGCUGGAAACUCGGACCUUGCAGCUGUCAGUCUGGCACAAUGACAGGUUUGGGCGCAAUGCCUUCCUGGGGGAGGUGGAGAUCCCCUUUGAUUCUUGGCAGUUUGAGAAUCAGACAGAAGAGUGGUUUGCACUGCAGCCGAAGGCCGACGCAUUGACAGAUGCCUGCCUACAGUAUAAAGGAGAGCUGACAGUGGCUUUGCGGUAUGUUCCACCUGAGAAAAAUUUAACACUGCCACUAGAGCAAUUCCCCACGAAAAAGAGCUUCAUACGAAGAAAGAAGGGAAACUCUCCACUUCCCAAAGGUGGCCUAGUGGAAGUAGUGAUAAAAGAAGCCAAGAACUUAACAGCGGUGAAGUCGGGUGGAACGUCAGACUCAUUUGUGAAAGGGUACCUUCUACCCGACAACAAUAAAUCAUCCAAGCACAAGACUCCAGUGAUCAAAAAGAGCGUCAAUCCUCAGUGGAACCACACGUUCACCUACAGUGGGCUACAACCUAACGACCUUCAAAACGUGUGCCUGGAGCUCACUGUUUGGGACAAGGAGUCACUGUCUAGUAACGUAUUCCUCGGAGGAGUCCGGCUCGGCAUGGGCACAGGUUUAAGCUAUGGAAAUGAAGUUGACUGGAUGGACUCGGAUGGAGAAGAGCUGCUCCUCUGGCAGCACAUGAUUGAAAACCCAGAGGUUUCGGUGGAGGGAACUUUGAUGUUACGAGCAAGCAUGGCCAAGCGGAAACUUUGAGAAGUGAAAAGCAGGCCUGCUGUCUGUGCUCUUAAUAUCAUCAACAAGGGACUCUAGAUUUAAGAAAACUGCUCCUAAUAAAUAAUGCAUAAAUUCUAUAUAAUAUAUUGUAAGAAAUAUUGUGUGUUGUUUUAACCUUGUUAAUCGACUUGUAUUAAAACAAAACCUUUGCCAAUAGCACAGUUCAUGUUUACAUUAUCGGAAGGUUGGGGUUUGUACAGAUGUGCUUCAUUUUCACUGCCUUUAUACAAAUGCUGUCUGUCCACUGGCAUUAGUACUAAAAAUGUUUUUUCCUUGUAAACAACAGGUAUGGUAUAUGAUAAUCAGAGAUUAAUUUGUAUACUCCUCUAAACCUAAGCAUCACAAUAAAAUUUUGUACAACUGA